UCAACAAAGCAAAUGGGAGGGCCUAAAUUUCAAAGAGCAAGAAAGGGGGGCUAAUCACAUGGGGGGACCUAAUGGAGAUUGGCAGGGUGACUUUCAGUCUUCAACAGUCACCCUGGACUGCUGUAGUGAAGGACGAAGAGUUUUACAUCUUUUCUAAUGGAGGAGAGAACAUAUUUGUUCACCAGCAAUCUGCCUUUGACCCUCCUCAAAGCCAAAUUUCUCACCACUGCCUAGAAAAGGACCUAACUCGGAGAAUAAAUGUGUCCUCCUUGAUUGUCUUCCUCUUGAGGGCAGUGAGAGAAAGUUGAAUAAAUAUAGAAAGGAGUAUAUAUUAGAAGGGAAGAAAAAAGACAAAGGGAAGCAAAGGCAGAGACCAUAAAAAGAGAAAUAGAGAAGGAAACCAGGCUAAAAAGGGAGAGAGAGACCACAGAAAGUAAAAGCCAGAGAGAACAAGAGUAAAGAGAGAGGGCAAGAAAGAAGGAAAAGUUGAUUUGCUGCUAAGAAAAGUUUCUCUCUUUAAGUUGUCUAGAUCAAGAAAUCAGACAUGGCACAGACCACAGAAAGGAGGCAAGAGGUGCCCAGUGCCUGAUCCUGGGGAAGCAGGAGCACAGCCUGAUGAGAGUCCAAGCCCACGCUACCACCUCUGCUCUGAUGUACUUCAUCCAGCUUCCUGGGGCAAGAUGUGAAGAGACCUGUGUCAGUCCUGAACAUUGCCUGACCACAGACUGGGUACAUCUAUGGUAUAUAUGGUUGCUGGUAGUAAUUGGUGGGCUGCUUCUCCUAUGUGGUCUGACUUCAGUGUGCUUCCGUUGUUGCUGUCUGAGACGCCAGCAAAAUGGGGAAGAUGGGGGCCCACCUCCCUACGAAGUGACAGUCAUCGCUUUUGAUCAUGACAGCACUCUUCAGAGCACCAUCACGUCCCUGCAGUCAGUGUUUGGCCCUGCGGCUCGAAGAAUCUUGGCUGUAGCUCAUUCCCACAGCUCCCUGGGCCAAUUGCCUUCCUCCUCAGACACCCUCCCAGGGUAUGAAGAAGCUCUUCACAUGAGUCGCUUCACCGUAGCAAGGUGUGGGCCGAAAGCACCUGACCUAUCUCCAGUGCCAGAAGAAAAGCAGCUGACUCCAAGGGAGAAGGAGUCUCCUGGAAUAGAACAUUCUGAUUGAUGGGAACUUUGAUUUUAUGAAUGGAGCAGGGGUAUCUCUAGAGCCUGUAGAGACCCACAGACCUAGGGGACAUUUCUUUUUCUAACUUUCAGAAGGUUUAGGAUGGCACCUAAACAUCGUGCUGUGAAAAAGAUAAGUUAUCGCUCUUUAUUCUCAGCCACACAUAUUUUCUGAUAUGGAAUGUGCUAAUCGGGAACUCACAUUCAUUGUCCAGUAGCCAACCUUUGCAGCUUGUCUUUACCCAUGCUCGUUACUACCAAAUCAGCAAAGCAUCAAAGGUGCCUCAAAAGCCUUCACCUACCCAGUGCAUAUAAAGUACCGUCACCCAUAUGUUACUGCAAGUUGCUUUUCUCUCUGCCAGCUAAGAGUGACACACUUGAGGAGAAGAGCCAUCAACAUUAAUGCGCUGAGUCCAUAUAUCCUUCCUCCUGAGAGAACAGCCAACUUUACACUGGACGAGAAGGAUCAUCUUAGACAUUAUGUAAUACCCAACUGGACAGCCAGAAGCCAGGGGUGUGAUGGCCAGCAUGAGCUAAGGGAACACAAUACAGAAAUGACGUGCCGAAUAUCAAGGUUUUUCACUCUGGCUUCACCCACCGGCAUUACAAGAAACUGCAUCAAGUACAGUAACAGUUCUAUUAAUUCUCCAUUUCCUCUCCUUGUAAACACACACACACACACUCUUUCCUAACUUAAUUAAAUGACAACUCUAAAUGAAUAGCGUUGCUUUGCUUCUUUCCCCCUUCCUGCUUUGACCACUUAAAGCCACAAGAUGUCUUUAGUGACGCACAUGGGGACCCUCACUGCCAUCUAGUGGACACAUGGUAGAAAAAUCUGUUUUCCCCUUUAGGCCUGUCAGCUUGUGUCUCCAGCGUUUGUGGCACCAAGUGAACUAAGUCUGAAUGGGCUCCUUCCCGUGACAUCAUUCUUCCGUGUAAUGCAAAGUUGUCUAUAUAAAAUACUACCUCCAAAAAGUAUCGUUAUUGGAAAAAUGAGGAAUUGAAGUGUAUUUGGGGGAAAUCUACUCACCAGUGACCUUAAAGAAGUCACGGAAAUCUUUAAAACCCAGCUUUCUCAUCUGCAAAAUAAAACAAAAACAAAAAAAUCAAACCCAUUGCUUUCGAGCCAGUUCCUACUCAUAGCGGCUCUAUAGGACAGGAUAGAAUUGCCCCAUAGGGUUUCCAAGGAGCGGCUGGUGGAUUCAAACUGCUGACCUUUUGGUUAGCAGCCAUAGCUCUUAACCUCUGUGCCACCAGAGCUACACCUAUAAAAUCAAGGAUAAUGAUACCUCACAGGAUUGUCAUGAGGAUCAAACAAGCUAAACAUAUAUGACAUGGUUUAUAAAAUAUUGUGCACAUGUAUUUAUUAUUAUUAUUAUUGACAUCAAAUCUUAACCUACUUGCUGUCAUUCCACUGAAAAUUAUGUUCUGAUUCAUCCCUUUACCUGCUUACUAUGCUAUUGCUAAACUACACCUGAA